AUGUGUGGAUGUUGUACUCUGGCAGAAUUCGUCCACCUACACUCGUAUGAGGGUCCAUGUGGUUACAUUCAUUUGCUCCAAAAGCAAUCCGGACAAGGCGGCUCAAGUCCCCAAGGACCCCAAUGCGUGAAUAGCAAUACCAAGCCCUUUCCAAGGCUUCCAAGAUGUACAAUUACGCGUUCGCACCACCUUCUCGUUGCCCCUGCCGCGCCUUUCUCCCUGCUGACUUUAAUUGCGCCGCCUUUGUUGCGUGUUCAACUGCGUAGGCAGAGGUCAACUGUCACUUCUGUCUAUAGAUCAUUUUUUGUCGAUUACGCCGUGAGCCUUGGAUCAAAUUAUCCCCUUCCCUUUACAGAGACCUGGCAGCUUCGGUCACUUUUACGGCCUGCACCCUCGCCGCGUUCGAAACAGUCCGUCGGAAGAGACGCGAAAGAAUAG